AUGGGUAACGAACCAUCGAAAUCGAAAAACCCGCAAUUUUCCAGAACAGACACGUCGACGUCCGUCAAGAGCGGUCGCUCGAUCCGGUCUCGUCGGUCUGUGAGUGAGAACGCUAGCUUUAAGACCGUUUCGUCGUCUCCGGUGAUGAGCAGACGAAACUCAACAAAGAGCAUGAAUGAGCUGUCCGCAGACAUGAACAACCUGUCGAUCGAUGUUCCGCCCAGCAUGUUAUCUGUGGCCCCCAAGUCGCCGAUUUUAAGGGUGAAUUCGUCCUCGUCGUUGGCCUCCGCAGUGCCCAACCAGUCGCAAUCUAUAGAUAUCCCCGACCCACAGCCGUCGCCACUGUCCACGUCUUUCAAGUCCGGCUCGUCCAGACCCGUGGAAUUUGCAUCUACACAGGAGUCGGUCACCCUGGACAUCGAGGACCUGAUCCAACGACUAUUGGACGCUGGGUAUUCCGGCAAGCGGACCAAGGCUAUCUGCCUCAAAAACACCGAAAUCCAGAUGAUUUGCUCCACCGCACGGGAAAUCUUCCUCAGCCAACCAACACUCCUGGAAUUAAGCGCCCCAGUCAAGAUUGUGGGCGAUAUCCACGGACAAUAUAGCGAUCUCAUUAGAGUCUUCACAAAAUGUGGCUUCCCGCCUGCAAGCAAUUACCUGUUCCUAGGAGACUAUGUCGAUCGAGGCAAGCAGUCAUUGGAGACCAUUUUGCUUCUUUUGUGCUACAAGAUCAAAUACCCAGAAAACUUCUUCCUCCUAAGAGGAAAUCACGAGUGUGCGCAAAUUACAAGAGCCUAUGGUUUUUACGACGAAUGCAAGAGAAGAGCCAACUUGAAAACAUGGAAGAUCUUCAUCGACACGUUCAACACGCUUCCGAUUGCAGCAUCGGUGGCCUCGCGGAUAUUCUGCGUCCAUGGCGGCUUAUCUCCGGUGCUGAACUCAAUUGACGAAAUAAAAAUGAUUAAAAGACCAACAGACGUUCCAGAUUUUGGUCUCUUGAACGACCUUCUCUGGUCCGAUCCUGCUGACAGUCCCAACGAAUGGGAAGACAACGAACGAGGGGUGUCGUAUUGUUUCAACCAGGUGGCCAUCAACAAGUUCCUCAACAAGUUCCAAUUCGACCUCGUGGUGCGUGCUCACAUGGUUGUUGAAGAUGGAUACGAGUUUUUCAACGACCGAUCACUGGUGACGGUCUUCUCUGCUCCGAACUACUGUGGAGAAUUCGACAACUGGGGUGCCGUGAUGUCUGUUUCCGAGGAGCUACUCUGUUCUUUCGAGCUGCUGGAUCCGCUCGACGGCGUGGCUCUCAAACAACUCAUGAAAAAAGGAAAACACGAACGUCGCACAGCCCUUAACCACGCAAGCAGUCCCAACGUGUCAAUAUAG